AUGGCAAAUAGGUCCACAAUAAAGGAAUUCAUACUGUUGGGGCUGAAUGCCAACCCUCCACUUGAAGUUAGCCUUUUUCUCCUCCUGCUUGGGACUUAUCUUUUGACAUUAAUAGGAAACACACUGAUUGUUAUUAUCACAAUGGUGAAUGUUCAGCUCUGUAGCCCAAUGUAUUUCUUCCUCCAACAUUUGGCAUGGGUAGAUCCUGGGUAUAUGAGUACUAUAAUUCCCAAAGCACUGGUCAACAUAGCUACUGGUACUAAGAGCAUCUCUUUAGCUGGUUGCUUCAUACAGGUAUUUCUUUAUUUGGUCCUUGGCACCACUGCGUUCUUCCUACUGGCCACAAUGUCUGUUGAUCGCUACAUAGCCAUCUGCAACCUUCUUCACUACACAACCAUCAUGAAUCCCCGAAUCUGCUCAUUAUUAGUAUUUUCUUGUUGGGUUGGGGGUUUAUCACUAAUUCUAGUUAUAUCCAUUCCUUUAUUUCUUAUGCCAUUUUGUGGUCCUAACGUCAUGAAUCAUUUUUUUUGUGACUAUGGACCCCUAAUGAAGCUGGUAUGUAUUGACACCAGCUUCCUAGAAAUGAUUUUUUUUGUAGUUACAAUAUUCAUUCUGCUUGGGACCUUAAGUGUCAACAUUGUCUCUUAUGUCAAAAUCAUUUCCACCAUUCUGCGCAUUCCAUCAGCUACUGGGAGAAAGAAGACCUUCUCCACUUUUGCCUCUCACAUGACCGUGGUCACUAUCACUUACAGUAGUUGUAUUUUCAUAUAUAUCAAGCCAAAAGGCACCAUUGGAUUAGACUACAACAAAAUAGUGGCUCUUCUGAAUACUGUUAUUGCUCCCUUUCUCAUCCCAAUCGCAUACCCUUUGAGGAACAGACAAGUGCAGGAUGCCUGGAAGACUGAACUGAGACAAAGGAUUGGUUUUGCAAAAAAAUGAGAUCAUUGGCUAUUGCUAGGGCUCCGAAAAAGAUGUUCAG